CACUACAGACUGAUAGAGGAAACAAUGGCUUCAAGUCUUCUGGAUAUGAGCCCUCUGGUGAAAUUUGGGCAGAAUAGGAGGUUCGGGCGGAGCAGAAGAGCAACUUCUUGUGUUUCCCAAGUAGGAAGGCGAAACACAGUGGUUGGAGAAAAGCAAAACCAAACUAGCACAAUUGAAAGAAAUCCAGUUUUCACAGAAGAUAUUUAUUCUACUGCUUCUGCUGCUGAGCUUCCACCACUAGUUAGGGCUUUGAAAGCUUCGGCUGAAGAAAAAGCUGCAACUUUUCAUUUCCCCGGGCAUAACAGAGGCCAUGCGGCACCUUCAUCGUUGUCGCGUCUCAUUGGUUCAAGACCUUUUGUACAUGAUUUGCCUGAGCUUCCAGAGCUGGACAACCUCUUUGCUCCAGAAGGGCCCAUUUUGGAAGCACAAAAACAAGCCGCAGAACUUUUUGGAGCGUUGGAAACAUGGUUUCUUGUUGGUGGCAGUACAUGUGGCGUUCAGGCAGCAAUUAUGGCUACUUGUUCACCAGGAGACACCAUAAUUCUACCGCGAAACUCUCAUAUCUCAGCCAUAUCUGGCAUGGUAUUGUCCGGUGCCCUUCCGAAGUACAUCGUCCCUGAAUAUGAUUCUGAUUGGGAUGUUGCUGGCGGCAUCACUCCCUUGCAAGUGAAAAGGGCAAUCGAGGAGCUAGAAAUCGAAGGCCAGAAACCUGCAGCCGUUUUAGUUGUCUCCCCUACUUAUCAUGGCAUAUGCAACAACUUGAGCGAGAUUGCUCUAUUGUGUCAUUCUCAUGACAUCCCAGUUAUUGUUGACGAGGCUCAUGGCGCUCACUUGGGAUUUCAUCCACAGCUGCCUAGGUCAGCCCUUAGCGAGGGUGUUGACCUUGUAGUACAGUCUACUCACAAGGUCCUGUGCUCUCUUACGCAAUCAUCCAUGUUGCACAUGGGAGGUAAUCUCUUGGACAGAAACAGAAUCCACCGGUGCCUUCAAAUGCUUCAGAGUAGUAGCCCUAGUUACUUGCUCUUGGCAUCACUGGAUGCUGCUAGGGCGCAACUUAGUGCGAACACAGAGAGUAUUUUCAACAAAGCUAUAGAAUUAGCUGUGGGAGCAAAAGACGAGAUCAGUAGAAUUCCUGGCAUCUCAGUCCUUGACUUCUUGAGGUUCCCCAACACUCCUUUUAGAGAUCCCUUGCGAAUCACUCUUGGGGUAUGGCAGCUCGGGCUCUCUGGUUUUGAAGCAGAUGAUAUUUUAUCAGACGGGUUUGGAGUUGUUUCUGAACUAGUUGGGACCAAAUCCAUUACAUUAGCGUUCAAUCUUGGAACUCAAAGAGAUCAUGUUGGAAGACUUGUGUCUGGAUUAAAACAUCUAUCUGCAACUUCAUACCCACCCAAACUAACUGCAGAUACAGUGAACAAUGAAGAACAGUUUGCACCAUUUGAUGAUAUUCACAUUAGCAUGAGCCCAAGAGAGGCGUUCUUUGCCCCAAAAAGGAGAGUUAGCAUCAAAGAAAGCGUGGGGAGAAUUUGUGGAGAGCUCGUAUGUCCUUAUCCACCCGGGAUUCCCGUGCUCAUUCCUGGUGAGGUCAUCACUAAAACCGCGUUGAACUAUCUAAUGCAGAUCAAAGGCAAGGGUGGUGUUAUCAGUGGAGCUGCCGAUCACUCUCUCUCAUCCCUCAUUAUAUGUGAUUAAGGACUUGUCUCAGAUUUGCAUAUAUUUGUGAGAACUAGCCAUAGCCAUGCAAGCUCAAAUCUAAAAGCUUGAUUGGAAUUCAGAUGUAUAGAAUUGAAAGCUUUCAUCUAUUGUCUAGAGAGAUCAGAGGAUAAGUUCAACUGUAUUCAGUACAUUGAAAGCUUCAUUUUGCUCUGUUAUAUACUUCCCUAUGAAGUUUAGUUCA